GUGAGAAGCCUCUUAUAAACCAGCUCUUUUGGGUGUGCAAAGUGAAAGUAUACAAGAAUCUGAAACUGAAAGAAACUGAAUUGAUUAGUAUUUUAUUUGUUUUCUGUAAAUGCAAUUUAAGGAGAAUCUAACAUCCCAGUAUACUAGCUAGAACCUAUUGGUUAAUAGGAUUGUAUGGUCUGGUAUAUAUUCGUUUUUUUUUAACGCUCUGAAAGAUUAAAAACAUGGGCGUAGUAGGAGGAGGUGUAAGUUUUGUGAAAUACCUGAUGUUUGCCUUUAAUUUCUUAUUUUGGCUGGCAGGUACAGGUGUCCUGGCGGUUGCACUCUGGCUGCGCUUCGACAAGAGGACUGAAGGCCUUUUCCAAGCCCAGGACUCUCCCACUGCCUUCUACACAGGGGUUUACAUCCUGAUUGUGGCCGGGGCCCUGAUGAUGGUGGUUGGCUUCCUUGGCUGCUGUGGAGCAAUCCGAGAGUCCCCGUUCAUGCUGGGAUUGUUCUUUUUUUUCCUGCUUCUCAUAUUUGCAGCAGAGGUGGCUGCUGGGAUAUGGGGACUGUCCAAUAAAGAUAAGAUUGUGGACGAGCUGAAGAGUUUCUACAAAGAGACCUACAAUAACUAUGAAACGACGAAGCAGGACGCGCUGAAGGAGACACUGCGAGCCAUCCAGUUCAGCCUUCAAUGCUGUGGUACCACUGGAACUGUGUUUAAUGCUGCCCAAGACACCUGCCCGAAAAAGGAGGGACUGCAGGUUCUGAUCACAACGAGUUGCCCAGCUGCCAUAGACGACCUGUUCAACUCCAAGCUGCACAUUAUUGGAGGUGUUGGAAUUGGUAUUGGUGUGAUCAUGAUCUUUGGCAUGAUCUUCAGCAUGCUGCUGUGCUGCGCCAUCAAACGAACCCGCGAUAUUGUGUAAAGAGCCUCCAGACGCCUCCCUAUCGCCGCUUCCUGUCUGUUGAAUUUUAAAGCUUUCAAGCUAGGGUCAUGUGUUCAUCGCCAGUGACCACCGCUUCAGCACCCCUUAAAAUGUUACUGUGUUUUCUGAUUCUGGCAGGCGACAGCCUCUUACACUGAAAAUGUUACUGCAGGCCGUUCAUGAGCUGACCGAGUACUGAAUUGGUGUUGGGUGCUUUUCACCACAGCAAAAUGGCCUUGCUUUCUUGUUCUUUUGGAAUAUAUGUAUAAAUAAGCUCUUGUACACAUUUUAUAACGCUUUAUUUUAAGAGAUUUAUGAUUUUAAUAAAUAUUAUCCCCAUAUAUAUCAGUACUGCACUGUUGAUGGAUAAUGGUUUAAAUACCUAAUAAAGUGAUCUAAUACGUUCUAUAAUUAAA